AUUUGUUAAUGCAACACAAGUAGUGACCUCACAUGGACUAGUUCAAACUAAAACGUAAAAUAGAUAACGGUAAAAUACAUCAAUAGUUUCAAGUUCUAUCAUAAGAUGUAGAAGCGACAUGUUUUUGUUUUUAUGAAAUUUUACGUCUUGCUAGGUUACGUUUAUUGUACAACAAACGUAACUAAGCAACUUCAAACAAUAAUUUAUUUUUAUAUUGCAACUAAUUGCCACUUGUAGUUAAGGUCGUGUUCGGGUUAGUUUACCGUUCUAUAUUUGAAAUAUGAACUCACCGCAGGAAGAAAGAGGUCUGGUACGUUCCAAAGACCUUAUUUUGGAAGUUGUCGAGAUAUUGUCUGAACAAGAAGAUCUUGAAGCAACUAUAAUUGGAUGUGGUAAAGCAUCUUUAAUGACAGGCAUAUUUGCCUUUAUUGGUGGUUUACUAGGUGGUCCAUUUGGAAUUUUUGUGGGUGGCUCUGCAGGAGCUGCUUCAGCAGCUCUAUAUUCCAGAGGAAAUGUUAGGUCUGUAGUUAGUAUCAUCAGGGAAGAUUUAAAUGCAGAACAAAAAAAUCGUUUGGCAAAUGCUGUAGGAAAUAUUAUAAAUUCAAUUACUGCUGAAGAUGCUGUAACCAUUGUGAUGUUGUUAGCUGGACAGGACAAAGUUAAGGCAAUGGUUCUUGAAGAAAUAGGGAAUUUCCUUAAAAGGGAAAUGAAUAUGGGCUUAGCUAAUUUAUAGUAGGUACCAGAAUAAUGUAAUAAAUGUGAUACUUUUAGUUAUGGACUGUUAAAAAUUUUUCUAUCAAUAAUAAAUUAUUUUCAAGACAA